AGUUCCCACAGGUGGCCCAGACAGAACCCUCUGAAAAAUACUUCCUGGAGAUAGUUGGAGGUGUGUUGACCCUAACAAACCAACUGAGGGAAAACACCAGCCCUGUGGUGAACCAAAACCCAUGAGAAAACUUUGGGGUGGCAGAGGGGCAUCAUGACCAGCCGGGCUGAAGGUCAGGUGCCCAUGGAACUUCCUCAGAAACACCUCUGGGGCUGAAGAGCCAGAAGUCUCCAGAAGAUUUGACCGGAGGGUGGAGAUCACAUUGAGCUGCUUCUUGAAGCUGUUGAUGGUGGUCUGAUCACAACUGGGGACACACACACACACCUCUGUGUGUUGUUAGCAGGAAACCACAAGCCACUGAAGCUGACUGAGAUGAGAAGAAUCCAUCUAGGGAUGGGAUUGGUUUUUCUUAACUGGGUCCAGAGCUUCUGGUUGCUGCUAGAAGGUUCUUCAACCACAUGCACCCUGGGAUCUGAACAGCUAUGUUGAGAAGCUACUGAAGCCCUCCCUGUAAGGAUGGGGCUGCUGAGCAGCAAGAGGCAGGUCAUCGAGAAGAGCAAGGGCUGGAGCCCCGUGAAGGCCCGCAGCCAGAGCAAGGCUCCCCCGCCCCUUCCUCCCCUGGUUGUUUUCAAUCACCUUACCCCUCCGUCUCCUAAUCAGGACCCAGAUGAAGAGGAGCAUUUUGUGGUGGCCCUGUUUGACUAUGCUGCUGUGAAUGACAGGGACCUUCAGGUGCUAAAGGGAGAGAAGCUCCAGGUCUUGAAGAGCUCUGGAGACUGGUGGUUGGCCAGGUCACUCGUCACCGGAAGAGAAGGCUAUGUUCCCAGCAACUUUGUGGCCCCAGUAGAGACCCUGGAAGUAGAAAAAUGGUUCUUCAGGACCAUCAGCCGGAAGGAUGCUGAGAGGCAGUUGCUGGCUCCGAUGAACAAGGCUGGCUCCUUUCUCAUCAGAGAAAGCGAGAGCAAUAAAGGUGCCUUUUCCUUGUCCGUGAAAGAUGUCACCACCCAGGGGGAGGUGGUCAAGCACUAUAAGAUCCGCUCACUGGACGACGGAGGCUAUUACAUCUCCCCCCGGAUCACCUUUCCUUCCCUCCAGGCCCUGGUGCAGCACUAUUCGAAGAAAGGGGACGGUUUGUGUCAGAAGUUGACCCUGCCCUGUGUGAACCCGGCACCGAAGAACCUCUGGGCCCAAGAUGAAUGGGAAAUCCCCAGGCAGUCUCUCAAGUUGGUCCGGAAACUUGGGUCUGGGCAGUUUGGCGAAGUCUGGAUGGGUUAUUACAAAAAUAACAUGAAGGUAGCCGUCAAGACCCUAAAGGAAGGGACCAUGUCCCCAGAAGCUUUCCUGGGCGAGGCCAACGUGAUGAAAACCCUGCAGCAUGAGAGGCUGGUCCGUCUCUACGCUGUGGUCACCAGAGAGCCCAUUUACAUCGUCACUGAAUACAUGGCCAGAGGAUGCUUGCUGGAUUUUCUCAAGACCGAUGAAGGUAGCAGGUUGUCCCUUCCAAGGCUGAUUGACAUGUCAGCCCAGGUUGCAGAAGGGAUGGCUUACAUAGAGCGCAUGAAUUCCAUCCACCGUGACCUGCGGGCAGCCAACAUCCUGGUGUCUGAGACCUUGUGCUGCAAAAUCGCUGACUUUGGCUUGGCCAGGAUCAUCGACAGUGAAUACACUGCCCAAGAGGGGGCCAAGUUCCCCAUCAAGUGGACUGCCCCGGAGGCCAUCCACUUCGGGGUGUUUACCAUCAAGGCGGAUGUGUGGUCCUUCGGAGUCUUGCUGAUGGAGAUCGUCACAUACGGGCGUGUUCCCUACCCAGGAAUGAGCAACCCCGAGGUCAUCCGUAGCCUGGAGCAUGGCUACCGAAUGCCGUGCCCGGAGACGUGUCCACCAGAGCUGUACCAUGACAUCAUCACUGAGUGCUGGCGAGGCCGGCCGGAGGAGCGGCCUACCUUUGAGUUCCUGCAGUCCGUGCUGGAGGACUUCUACACAGCCACGGAGGGCCAAUAUGAGCUGCAGCCCUAGCACCCAAUGGGCUCUUCAGGGCUCCCAGCCUGAGCUUCCUGCUGGACUCUGACUUUAGGUUAAUAUGUUCACAUUUAGCUCUUCUUCCAAACCAGGUAGGCUGCAGAGUCAGGGUGGAGUGGCAUGCCUGCUUCUCAAGUGAGGGAGCCAGGAGACAAAGAUGGCUUCACGGUGGGGCAUGAACUCUCAAGGCACAACCUUGGCCCACCCUUCACUGGAUGUAUGCCUUUGGGCAGGUUACUUAGCUGCUCUGUGUCUUUUAUUCCUUGGUAAAAUGAGGAAGGACUGUGUUAGAACUUACCUCCAGUCGUGUUCAGACCCGGGACUAUGUUGAGAUCAGUCUGACCCGUUAGCGAUAGACAGUCAUAACUGAGAGGGCAGCUGCUGGCAAGGGAUCAGAGCUCCCUUUUCUCUCACCUUGAAAGCCUCAACAGCAAGUGCCUCCCUGUUUACUGCUCCAGAACUAUGGGUCAAUCCUCCAGGUAGCCCUGGCUGUGCGUCACCGUCCUCCCCAUCCCUGCCUGCACACUUUGGGGCUUUUCUAUAAUAAAGUCAUGAGAGUUUUACCUUUUCCCAGGUCUUUACCUGUUUGACACAAUCAGAUGUGGCACAUGAGAUAUGUGUAGGAGGUGGGGAGCAACUUGCUCCCACACCCCUCCGCAAAGGACUCUGAGCACGACUGACACUGUCUUUCCUGGGCAGCAGGUGGCGAUCUCACCCCACAAACCCUGUGUCUGAGACUCCGUGGAAGCAAGCACCUUGAAUUCCAAGUUUCCCUAAGAACUUGGACAGAAAGCCAUGAGAUGGGGCAGUGAUCGCUCCAAGUGUGGACACUCAAGUGUGUCACCUGUUUUUUUUUGUCUCCCAUUCAUCCUGUUUUGUUUUUAUAGGAGGGGUGGGGUGGGGCUUAAGCUUAUAGAAAAAUAAGUAGAAAGGGUCCAGUCUCCACAAGCCCUCAACCCUUUUAGAUGCCAGCACCUUGUAAUAGUGAGCCCACUUGCUCCUCCAGAGGGGCUGGGAUCAACACACUUCACACCUGGGUUCACACCCUACACUCCGUGUUCCACCAAAGCAUAAGAUCCAUCAAGACCAAAUUAUACAGAGUAGUCUUCCUGGCCCCGGAAUCCCCCAGUAUCUCCCCCUGUGUUGAGGUUACAGACACCCACACUCAUGUUUGGCAUUUUGCAUGAGCACUGGGGAUUCAAACUCAGGUCCUCAUGUGUGCCGGGCAAGCGUUCUCUCGGAGCCCUAUCUACAAGCCUGUGUUCCGUAUUUAAACGUCCCCCGCUGGCUGCCCAGGAUUUUGGCAGCUGAGCUGAGUGAGCUCCUGAGGGAUACUAUUUUCCAGGAAUUCUGGCUCCAUGUGACCUCCCACGGCUUUUCCCAGCUCUGCUGCAGAGAUGACAUCAAAGGCUGGCUUACUCUGCACAGCAGAGGACUUUUCUCCUGGCCAGGCGACGCUGGAUCCUAGCAGGCGACUCGGGAUCCUAGUAUAAACCAGGAAGAGUUCUCACCACAAGGAGUCGCACUUUGCCCGCGCUGAAUGAAUAAAAGUUCCUAUGUGUUAUA